CUGUUACUCGGUCUGCAAAGUCGUAGGUCUCCCGUCAACCUGUGACAUUUCACAUAACCUCAUUCCCGCACCAUGUCCGUCAUAAACUUCGCUUUCUUGGCCAGGCCGAAUAUAUUUCGCAAUUUUCUGAAAGGAAAUACCUCAAGAAUUUUUUCCUUAAAUACAACAAAUUAUUCAACAGAAGAACCUCCUGAGGUACAAGAGGCACCGGAAACCGUGACACGUGAGCCGUCGGAAAAGGAAAAGGCUCGCGACCGAACCAAAGUUAUUCCUGUCGAAACGAGCAUCCGCUAUCUGAAAAGUGCUGCCUACAAGGAAACCUAUGGAGAGUAUCUAGUAUGGGAGCAAUACAGACGUAACCACAAGGGAAUGUUCCCACCUCGAAAGACCCGCAAAACUUGCAUACGAAAGGGAAUGCUGUCGACAGGAAAUCCCUGCCCAGUGUGCCGUGACGAGUACCUCGUUUUGGACUAUAGGAACGUUGAUUUGCUAAAGCAAUUCAUCUCACCGCAAAGCGGCGAAGUCAUUAGUUAUUCGAAGACAGGCGUGUGCCAGAAGAGGCACCAGGAACUCCUUAUUUCUGUUGAACGAGCACGUGAUUUUGGUUACCUGACCUUCGACGUUCCUUUCAGGGAGUACGACUACUCCGAGUACUACAACGAGAAAAACGAGUCGAAGAAAUAAAUCCAAACAGUAGUUUUUAGACAA